CCCUCUGGGGCUACCCCUCUGGCCCCACCCUCUAACCCACACCAAUGUUGUCUGCAGCCUUCUGUCUAAGCAGAGGAGCUAGGCUACGGAAGAAUGGAACCUGCUGCGGGUGGCUUCUUGGAGGAACAGUUCCGGGAGGCCUGCAGCGAGCUCCACCAGCCCGCGCUGGCCGGGGCCGACUGGCAGCUGCUGGUGGAGACCUUGGGCAUCAGCAUCUACCGGCUGCUGGACCAGCAGACUGGGCUUUAUGAAUAUAAAGUCUUUGGUGUCCUGGAGGAUUGUCCACCAGCUCUGCUUGCAGAUGUCUAUAUGGACUUAGACUACAGAAAACAGUGGGACCAGUACGUUAAAGAACUCUAUGAGAAAGAAUGCAACGGAGAGAAAGUGGUCUACUGGGAAGUGAAGUACCCUUUUCCCAUGUCCAACAGAGAUUACGUCUACCUCCGGCAGUGGCAGGAGGUGGAGGUGGAAGGACAGAAGGUCCACGUGAUCCUGGCCCAGAGCACCUCUGUGCCUCAGUUUGCUGAGAAACCAGGCGUGAUCCGCGUGAAGCAGUACAAGCAGAGCCUGGCGAUUAAGAGUGAUGGCAAGAAGGGGAGCAAAGUUUUCAUGUAUUACUUUGAUAACCCGGGUGGCCAAAUUCCGUCCUGGCUCAUUAACUGGGCCGCCAAGAAUGGAGUUCCUAACUUCUUGAAGGACAUGGCAAAAGCCUGCCAUAGCUACCUCAAGAAAACCUAA